UAUUAUUAUCCUAUUGAUCCGUCAACGGUAUAAAUGUUGAAAUUUCUACCAUCAAAGUCCAGUCUGGCGUGUUGUUAAGUUCAUCGUGGACUCCAAAGAUUAUAAAUGAGUUUCCCGCUUAAUAAACUUCCGAUCUCUCCCGAAACCCUAACUCUACCUAAACUCUCUUCUCCCCUUCCUAAUCCUAUUUUCCCUACCUCUUAUUCAUUCAAUCACAGUUUUUCCCGCCGGACUUUAUCCGGAAGAUGACUUGUUCCAUCGGAAACUCUUCUUCUUCUCCAACAAUCAGAACUGUCACUAUCUCUUAUCCUGAACUCAUAUUAAGCAUCAUCCUUAUCUCACUUGUUUAAGUAUUUGUUGUUGUUUUUUUUCCCUUUUGAUUUGAAUUUUGAGAAUUUUGUUUGAUUUUGAUUUUGAUAGGAUAAACAUGCGGAUUUAUCGAUGAAGAUUGAACAAGGUUUUGGACCUAAUGGAUUGGGAAUUCUAUCGAUUUCAAAUGUACCUGAACUUCCCUCACUGCGUCAAAAUCUCCUGCGUCUUGCUCCUAGGUUAGCAAGCCUACCUGAAGAGGUGAAGAAGGAACUUGAAGAUCCUCACAGCCGGUAUAACUUUGGGUGGAGUCAUGGGAAAGAGAAGCUAGAAUCUGGCAAACCUGAUAUGAUGAAAGGCUCUUAUUAUGCAAAUCCAGUGUUAGACAGACCCACAGAAGAUGAUUCCCUUAUCCAGCGGUAUCCAUCCUAUUGUCAGGCAAAUAUAUGGCCCGGUGAUGCCUUACCAGAAGUUGAACCUGCUUUUAAAGCCCUUGGGAAGCUGAUGGUGGACGUUGGCUUGAUUUUGGCAUAUCAUUGCGAUCGAUAUGUAUCCAGGUGCAUGACAGUGAAGGAUGAUGAAGGCCUUGAACAGAUACUUUUGCGUUCUCGAUGUCACAAAGGUCGUCUUCUGUAUUAUUUUCCAGAGCAGAAAAGCAGUGAAUCCCUACAAGAAGCCGACAACAUUUCUUCAUGGUGUGGAUGGCAUACAGACCAUGGUUCUCUCACAGGUCUCACCUGUGGAAUGUUUACGAGAAAUGCCGUUGAAAUACCUUGCCCUGAUAAAACUGCUGGUCUAUAUAUCAAAACACGAGCCGGUCAGAUUGUGAAGGUUGUCUUUGGGGAAGACGAGAUAGCUUACCAAAUUGGUGAAACAACUGAAAUACUUUCCAGAGGUAGUCUAUGUGCGACACCACAUUGUGUACGGGCACCUAAAGGAGAUAACACCCUGGGUGUGGAUCGUUCUACUUUUGCAAUGUUCAUGCAACCGGAUUGGGACGAGAAUCUCAAAUUUCCUGAAGAGGUGCAUCUUCACAAAGAGUUAAUUCCACCGGACGGAACAUUAACGUUUGGAGAGUAUUCCGAGAAGCUCCUCGACAAAUAUUAUCACCAAAAAUCAUAACUAAGCAGUCUCAUGAACAAGAAAAAUGACAGUGAUAGUUCUUGUACAUGCUAGAAACACUAUGUUAAGUCUCAUAUUUGAUUCUGUUACGUGUAAAUGUCAAAUAAAUUCAAUUAGUCAGUAGUCAUUACAAUCUGCUGCACAAAAAAAAAAAAGAACCAUUUUUUUGGGGACCAUGGUUUAUUUUUGGGACCAUGGUUUUAUUUUGGGUAAAGACAUUAGAAGUAAAUCUAGGUCACCCCUUAUUUGGAUAUUUAUCUUAAUACACCUAAAUUACCUUCCUGA